AUGGGUGCGGCACAGUGUGCCGCUGGCGUCCGAAGCGACUUCUCGGGCAACUGGCGAAAAGACAAGGGGAUGCGAGUCCAGUUCUCCGUGGACAAGGUGCCCUUCUACAAGCACACAGAGGAGUUCCGACUGGACAAGACCGUUUCCAUGAGCCGGCGGGACAAGAAGUCUGGGAAGCAGCAUGCAGUGCUGCGCACCGUGCCGGAGGGUGUCCAAGUGCAGAUCAAGCUGGACCCCCCUUUCUCAGGGAGUAUUAUGGAGACUUACAGCUGCCCACAGGAGGGUGUCCUUAAAGUUGAGUCUAUCACAGAGGCCAAUGGCCAGAAAGAGACCUGCAUUCAGGUGUACAGGCGCCAGUAA